UCACAUGACACUGUCAUAUGCAACAAGAAAAAUUUUCAUUAUUUGACAGUGGACAACGACGACGUAUUUUCGUAUGGAAUAGUGAAAAUUUGAUUUAUUUGGAUAAUUUUUUCACUUUCCAUUAUUUUUUAAGCCUAAUUUUGUUGUUGAUUUCAUUUUAAAGUUUUAAUUUUUCACACAAUUGUUUUGAAUUUUGUUUGCGACGAGAAAAAUUGAAAAAAACAGAAGUGAAACAAAGGAAAAAUGCAGGCGAUAAGGUCGUUGAUAUUGACGUUGUGUGUCAUCGGUUUGGCUUUCGCGGAACAGUCUCCAGUAUUUUUAUGGGGCGCCAGCAGUGUGGCUAAACCUUCACUGGUAACAGUGCCUGGCGAUGAAUUUGCCAAACUCGUGACUCCUCUGUUGGCUGAUAAGGCCUUGGUUGUGUUCAUGGAAAAAGACUUGACCAACAAAGAUUUCCUGUGCACCAAUGCCGCUGAUGGAAAAUCGUGCUAUGCUCGUUUACAAGGUGUUAGUGAUAAAACUUUUUAUGCCUCUGUUGAAAGUCCCGUGGAAUCCUUACGUAAACUCAAUGGAGAAGCAGAGUACAAUUCCGUAGACGCUUCUGGUAAAUUCAAAAGUCCUUUGGAAACCGCCGCUGGUAAAAUCAAUUUUGUAACAUUCGAAGAUGAUCACACUGCCGUCCGUGGAUCUAGUUUGGAAUCACAUGACUUUAUUAUUGCCUCGGUAACUUCCCAGCUUGGUGAUAAUGUUUUCUUCGUCUAUACAUCUACCCCCUCAACAUCUGUGCUAAAACGUCAACGUCGCCAAGCUACAGACAGUUCAGAAGGUUACAUCUUCCGUGAUAGCUCCAAGUUUUUGCUAUAUUUUACUUCAUUGAGCAUAAUUGACGAACAAAAUUCAGCUACUGUUUUAGAUAUUAGUAGCAUGACUGUAAAAGCUGAUAACGCAACCGAAAUGUCCGUAACCUUAACUCCCACAACUGGUUCGCCAUUGACUUUUGAUGUAAUUCUUGCUGGUGGUUAUUUCUUCAUGAAGAAUGUUAUGUACAAUAAUGUCAAGUUCCUUAGUUCCGAAGUGUAUGCACCAACAGAUUUUUCAUAUUUCUGCGGAAAUUUGACAUUAAAUAAUAUUCCUACUGAUAAAGUACCUGCCUACACUUUAAAGUGGAAUUCUUUGCAAUUCCAAGCACCUUUCGGUCACACCGACAACGCCACUUUUGUAUUUGGUGAUGCCUGGCAUUGUGUUGGUUUCUUCACAGGUGGUAUUUUGUCAGGUCUUCUGAUUGUUGCCCUAUUACUGACCAUCACAUUUAUUGGCGUUUGCUGGAUGAUGGAUAUUAAUACCAUGGAUCGUUUCGAUGAUCCCAAGGGUAAAACAAUCACAAUUAACGCUAGCGAUUAAAUUUUCUACAUAUAACUCUUAAAUUAUAUGUACAUGUUAUUUCUUAUUGAACUAAUUACAUCCAAUCAAUCUUAAAAUCCAUUCCCUGAUUUUAAUUAUACAAAAUAAUUUUGUUUUUGAAAUAUCUCUACUUUAAAAAUAACAAGAAAAAAACUAAAAUUGGAAAUUUGAAAUUAGUGUGUGUGUGUUAAAUUAAUAAUUAAGCCACCAAUUUUCCUUUGCUUGGGUUAGUUCAGCAUCCGCAUUCAAGUCUAGGAAAAUUGCUGCCUUUUUGUUGUGUAUUUUAUUUUUUUUCUACUCCAAUCUACAUUAUUUCGUAUUUGCUUAAAUAGUAUUGAAAAUUCGCACAAACUGAACAGACUGUUUUGUGGUUGUGUACGUGAUUAUCAACGAUAUGUUCGUAUUUUAUAUAAAACUAUGUAUUUUUAUACACCCUUUAUUGUAGACGGUUUAAAGUUUGUCAAUAAAAUGUUUAUUAUAUCGUUUGUUAA